AUGACGCAAUACUUUGGGGUGACCCAUAUAAGGUCAAGGAGUCUCUCAGAGCGAGGAUUGUGUUUCCAUCCGUCAAGCCCGGCUGACCUCAUCUUCCAACGCUGAACCACACAUCAUGGAGAAAGAGGAUAAGAAAAUAAUAUACGCGAAUUACUUGGAAGCAUUAGUGAAGAGGAGAUUGUCGAUUAGAAGGCGACGAUCGUUGGAAAUCAAGAAAGGUGGUGUACAUCGCAAUGAGAGGUUGUUAGAAUUAAAGAAUGAGUGGGAACGCAUAGAUGUAUUAUGGAAGAAGGCUGUAGAAACAGGAAAUACACCUGGUACUGUUGUGAAUCAAACUGAGAGUAAUGUCGCACAGCAUGGAGGUGUGCCGGGGAAUGAAGAUGAGAGUGCAGGUAGAUCUGCUAGUGUUGGUACCUCACAACGCGGAGGUGCGGCAGGAGGUGUGGAUACUUCUAUCCCCAUUAAUGAAGAUGAUGAGAGAGCAACUACCUCCCAUGACGUGUCUGACAGUAAUGUCGCACACAAUAGUGGAGGUGAAGAUGAGAGACCAGAAAUUAUUACAUACAUCCAGAAUUUUAGAGGUAGACAUACAGUGAGGAAAUAUAGUGUUCCUUCAACUUACAACAGGGAGUUAAGAAUGUAUUUACAUGCUUAUAGGGAUUAUUUUACAGAUCAGAUGCGAGAUAUGUAUGAUAGAUCACCUCUAGCAAUGUCGCUCAGAAUCCACCCGAUUAUAGUUAUAAGCACAUUACGUCAAAACAUAUCGGGUGAUGAUCAAAAUGGUCAAUUUGUGAUAAAUUUAGCGUUUGAGUUAGUAAGUGAAGAGGAAAUCUCUGAAGUAUUUGAUCGAUGGGUGGGAACGAUAUUAGAAAGAUACGAGACAGAGUUGCAAGAUCAGGAAGGAUCUGGUUGGAUCAUAGAUCAAAUCGAAUCUUUCAGUAUCGAAUACGUUAAAGUAGAAUUCCCGAAUUACAUUCUUCUCGACAGAUAUAUCAUUCUUGAUCUGUUCAACUUCCUCAGACAACACCUAAAAAGUUCUGCCUUGGAGAAAACUCUUAUAUGUAAUCAGAUUAUGUCAUCUCACAAACCCAAGAUUCAAGGUAGCGAACUAUAA